UCACGAGAAGAUCUAGUCACGUGCUUGUCUCAGGCAGAAUGAUGACCACAUACUCUUCUGCUGCUUUACUUUUGUACUUUCUGCAGUUGACUACUUAUGCAGAGGCUAGCCUCUAUGCUUCCGACAAGUUAAACGUGCAUCUCGUUCCUCAUACUCACGACGACACUGGCUGGCAGGUAACUGUAGACCAAUACUACUACCAAAGUGUACAAUACAUUCUCGACACUGUCGUCGAAGAGCUAGCUAGAAAUCCAGAUCGACGGUUUAUCUACGUCGAGAUUGCCUUUUUCGAGCGAUGGUGGUGGGAACAGGACAACGAAACAAAGAGCAGGGUGAAGGCGCUGGUGGAGAACGGACAGCUAGAAUUCAUUAAUGGCGGAUGGUGCAUGAAUGACGAGGGUGGGACUCACUAUGUCGCCAUUGUCGACCAAAUGACUGAAGGUUUCCUAUUCCUUGAUUCCCAAUUUGGACAGAGAGCACGUCCUCGCAUAGGAUGGCACAUUGAUCCAUUUGGACAUUCAAAUGGACAAGCCAGCCUGUUUGCACAAAUGGCGUUCGAUGGGUUUUUCUUUAGUCGAGACGACUAUCAAGACAUUCAAAACAGGGCAAAUAAUAGUACCUUGGAACUCGUUUGGCGUGCAAGUCAAAGUCUCGGCUCUGAAUUAGAUCUAUUCACUGGAAUAACGUGGCAUGGCUAUGGCCCACCGAGAGGGUUUUGCUUUGAUAGCAAAUGUAAUGAUAUACCAAUACAAGAUGACACCACACUUGAAGAUUUUAAUGUUGAAUCAAUGCUGGCAACCUUUCAUAAUGUGACAUAUGACCAAAGCAAGUCCUAUGUUGGAGGCCACAUCAUGCUGACUAUGGGAUCAGACUUUCAGUACACAAAUGCUCUUCGGUGGUACAAAAAUCUCGACAAGCUAAUCGAGUAUGGUAACGCCAAUGAUACUCUUAAACUAAAUUUGUUGUACUCAACACCUAGUCAAUAUCUACAAGCAAAGUAUGAUUUGAACACAACAUGGACAUUGAAGACUGAUGAUUUCCUUCCACUGUCUAGUGAUCCAUGGUCAUACUGGAGUGGAUUUUACACCAGUCGUCCUGCAUUGAAGUAUUAUUCUCGAUGGGGAUCCAAUUUUCUUCAAGUAUGCAAACAGCUCGAAGUUAUAGUUGGUCCAUUUGAUCAUAUGAGUUCACAGGAGCUGAGAAGAUCCGUAGGUGUGCUGCAACACCAUGAUGCUAUUACGGGAACUGAGAAGCAAGCAGUAGCCGAUGAUUAUGCUUUCCGAAUUUCUAAUGGCAGCAAGGAAUGUGAAGACAUUGUUGGUCACGCUCUUGCCAGCUUGAUGUCCAAAUCUCCCUCUCCUCCACCCAUUAAUUUUUGUUUUCUAAGGAAUGUCAGUGUCUGUGCCCACACAGAAAACUCCUCGUCAUUUGUUGUAAUUGUGUAUAAUCCUCUUGGUAGGCAUAAUACUUGGACAAUCUGGCUGCCAAUAUCAGCCAACAUGGCUACUGUGCUUGGCUCUGAUAUGAAAGAAGUGAGUAGUGACAUAUUGCCAGUGGAUAAUCGAACAGCUGCCAUUCGAGGCAACCGUGGCAGUGCUCAAUACAACCUCAUGUUCCAAGCUACAGCACCACCUUUAGGAUUCUCCACAUACUUUGUGCAUACAGCUCAGGUUGAUCACAUGGACUACAGAAAUAACAUGUCUGAGCUGCUUCAAGACAAAGCUGUUGACUUCACAAUUGAGAACAAGCAUAUUCGUUUGACAUUUGAUUCGGCAAGUGGUCUUCUAAAGACUGUAGAGAAUCAGAUUCAUAAUGUGAGCAUUGGUGUCCAACAAGAGCUCAGAUGGUAUAAUGCAUCAGCAGGCAACAACGUCAAUAGCUCACGAGCAUCUGGAGCUUAUGUAUUCCGACCAAAUUCAAGUGAAACAUAUCAAAUUGCCACAGCUGGUAAGGUUAAGUAUGAGGUAAUAAAAAAAGGUCAAGUGCAAGAAGUGCGACAAACAUUUGCUGAUUGGGCAACGCAAGUUAUUCGUUUGUAUGAAGGUGCUGAUUAUGCAGAGUUUGAGUAUACAGUUGGUCCAAUACCAUAUCAAGAUGGUUUAGGCAAGGAAAUUAUCAGUAUCUUCAAGUCAGACCUUAUGACAGAUAGAGAGUACUACACUGAUGCUAAUGGACGUGAGAUGCAGAAAAGGGUAAGAAAUCAUCGUGAUACAUUUAAAAUCAAUCUAACAGAGCCUGUCUCAAGCAAUUACUAUCCAGUGAACUCUCGAAUUGGAAUUGUUGAUAAUGACAGAAAAAUCCAGCUGACUGUACUCACUGAUCGAUCCCAGGGUGGAUCAAGUCUUCAAGACGGUGCUGUUGAGUUGAUGGUCCAUCGACGUCUGCUGCAUGAUGAUAACCUAGGUGUUGGUGAGCCACUUAAUGAAACAGGACUAGAUGGAAAGGGCCUUGUAAUUCGUGGGUCGCAUUACUUGCAAGUUGCUCCUAUUCAGUUUGCAGGCAGAUUACAUCGAGAUCUUGGAGAAAGGAUAUUUGCUGUUCCACAAGUUGGUAUUGCUCAGACUUCUGAUACUCCACAGCAAUGGGCCGAUAAGUAUACUCUCACAUACAGUGGGCUAAACCAUGAAUUGGACCCAAACAUCCACUUGAUGACUCUUCAGAAUGUAGAUGGUGAUGCUAUUAUUAGAGUUGAGAACCAGUAUGCUGUAGGAGAAGACACACAGCUUUCCACUAAUGCCACUGUUCCUCCACUGAAGAAACUGUUCAAGGCAUUUACUGUGUCAAACUACAAUGAGAUGACAUUAGGUGCAAACUUGCCCAAGAAAGAAGAACGACGACUGCAUUUCAGGAUCAAUGAUAUGCCACAGAGUCACCAUCAGCCUCCAAGAGUUGCUGUAGAUGCUGAUGAGCCAAUUGAAUUGAGGCCCAUGGAGAUUCGUACUUUCAUGGCUAAACUGACACGAGAAUGAGGUAGACUAGUCAGACAAAUAGCUCUCAUAUAGUUGGGGUGCCUUUUGUCUUUCAUAAUCUUGUUCUGACAUUUUGACCGGGCACUUUACAAAGUACAUAGAAAGAUUAUUCAUUGUCACUUUGAUCACACUCACAAUGUACUGCUUCAAGUUAGCACUAACACAUGGGAAAUGUUCUAAUGUCAUCAGUUUGAUGCUAACCAGGGUUGCAGAUCUACAAGUACAGAACCAUGUGAUG